AGCGCGGACCAAUCAAAUCAUUCCAGAAUAAUUCUACCAGAGUGUACCUGAUCCGAGCGUUACUUCCACUCCCCUUUCCCACUGUGCUUGUUUUCGAUAGUAACGUGAAACACGUCCGUUUAUUCCCGUGAAUAAAUUACCAGCAAAAGUGAGAGGACGGAAUGGCUCGUACUAAGCAGACUGCGCGUAAGUCCACCGGAGGGAAAGCCCCCCGUAAGCAGCUCGCGACCAAGGCGGCGAGGAAAUCAGCCCCGUCCACCGGAGGGGUCAAGAAGCCCCAUCGUUACCGUCCCGGAACGGUCGCUCUGAGAGAAAUCAGGAGAUACCAGAAGUCGACCGAAUUGCUUAUCAGAAAACUGCCCUUCCAGAGAUUGGUCAGAGAAAUCGCACAGGAUUUCAAGACCGAUUUGCGUUUCCAAUCGGCUGCCAUCGGAGCCCUCCAGGAAGCCAGCGAGGCGUACCUCGUGGGUCUGUUCGAAGACACCAACUUGUGCGCUAUCCACGCCAAGCGGGUAACUAUCAUGCCCAAAGACAUACAGUUGGCUCGCCGAAUUCGUGGAGAACGUGCAUAAAUCUCUUCGAAAUAUUUAUAUAAUCAGUGUAGGUUACAUUGUUCGUUUUUCUUUUCUUUCUUUGAUUAUAAUUCGUUUCUUCAUGUAGUUUUUUGUCUUUUUCAUUUGUUUUUACGCAAACAGAUGUCAAGAUUUGGAUGUGUGUUAAAAAAAUCAUACAGUAGAAUAUCUUUCACUCUUUAUCCAUUAUAUACUGCCCCUCGUGGAGAGGACUCAUUGAUGGCUUUAGAUUCGACAUGUGUAGUUAUCGUAAUUAAUCAAUUAAAAAGUGUUCAAAGUAUGUGGAUUAGUUUGUUGCAGUAAUGGAUAAAUGUUCAAUAGGAAGUAAGGUAUCUUAAGUUUUUUAGUGUAAAAUGUAGGAGAUUUAAUUUAAUAAAGGAUUUCUUGUAUUCUACCAA